AUGAGUAAAGACGACGAAUAUGAUUAUCUUUUUAAAGGUAUGGACCUUGUCUUAAUUGGUGACUCUGGGGUUGGAAAGUCUAAUCUUCUUUCACGUUUCACUCGUAAUGAGUUCAAUUUGGAGUCCAAAUCUACUAUCGGUGUCGAAUUUGCUACCAGGAGUAUUCAAGUAGAUAAUAAAACUAUCAAAGCACAAAUUUGGGAUACUGCUGGCCAAGAGCGUUAUAGAGCUAUUACAAGCGCAUAUUAUCGUGGUGCUGUUGGUGCUUUACUUGUUUAUGAUAUUGCCAAACAUGUAACAUAUGAAAAUGUCAACCGCUGGUUGAAAGAAUUAAGAGAUCAUGCUGACAGUAAUAUUGUCAUUAUGCUUGUUGGGAAUAAGAGUGAUUUAAGACAUUUGCGAGCAGUUCCUACUGAAGAAGCCAAACAAUUUGCCGCGGAAAACAAUUUGUCAUUUAUCGAAACUUCUGCCUUGGAUGCUAGUAACGUAGAACUUGCUUUCCAAAACAUUCUAACCGGUAAUUUUGUGCUUUGUUUCGACUUGUUAAUUUAUUGUUACCCUUCAUCUCAUUAUUAUAACAAUCCAUCUUUAGAAAUAUACCGUAUUGUAUCUAAUAAGGCUUUGGAAAUUAACAGUGGUGAUGUUGCUAGACCAACUGCUGGAGAGACUAUUCAAGUUACUCCUUUGCCUGAUGACAACAACAAGGCAGCCGGAAGAUGCUGUUAG